AUGCCUGAGGUUGAAAUCAAGAUCAAACUCACUGGCGUGCCAGAACUGGUCCUUAGCAGGUUGCAGAGUCUUCUCGAAGACUACCUGACCAACUCUGAUGACCCUGAGGUCAAUCCUACAGUAGCUACACAGCGCUCUGUAAAGCUGAAACUAAAAAUCACAAGGAACGACAAAGGGGACAUCACUCGUGUCAUUAGAAAGGAGAAGAACGUGACGGCGUCACACAUUGCGAUGAUCAACUCAAUCUGGGAACGGUCUCGAGUAUUGCUUAAAUUCUAUUUUCCGACACCCGACGUUGACUGGACCCAACUGGACGAUAAUUUCCGCGUCACACUGACUCUAAAGGUCAUCAUGCAGCCGCUACUUAAGAACGCAAAUGGCCCUGCCAAGACCUAUGUGGAAUUCGAGGAGGAGCUCGGUUAA